AUGUCUUAUCAAUUUGGCAAAGAAAUGUUGCGAAUAAAAUUAUUAAGUUUAAAGCUACAGCUUUUAGUGCUUUCAUUGGCAUUCACGAACUUUUCUCAUGCUGCCGAGCUUUCGACUACCCUAAAUAUUUAUGAGUCGACAACCGCCAAUGCUGUCGAAAUUAUCAAUACUCCUAGUACUAGCGACAAAUUGGAAAGCUUAAGAGAAAGUUCCACUGAAAUGAAUGAUAAUGAUUAUGACGAAGAUAAUGAUGAAUAUGAUGACGAUGACAACGACAAUGAUGCGGUGGGAGAAAGAGCAAAACAUUCGCGUCAAAAACAUAUCAGCAUUAUAAAGCGAGUGGGCACAACUUAUGUCUGGGAUCGCUGGGAAAAGUGGACCAAGUGCAGUAAUUCUUGUGUGCAAAUUCGUCGAAGAAAAUGUAUUGAGCGUAAACUGACUUCUCUCGAUGACGCUCCAAUUGAUCGUGAGUUUUAUCCAGAGCCCAAUAGUCGCAUCGGUUGUUUUGGUAUAAUAAAACGUUAUCGCCACUGCAAGGACGAGAAAUGCAAAGCAAAUAAGAAGAGACAGCGCGAUGAACAAUGUGCCUCCUUCAAUAGGAUACCAUAUAGAGGAAAGUUCUACAAUUGGCUUGGUUAUGAAAAGGAACACAACGAAUGUGAGCUCUUUUGUCGGCCAAGCGGUUCGGGUAUGUUCGUGAGCAUGAAUCAAUCGGUCACUGAUGGCACAACUUGUGGCAGACCGGCAGUUUAUUAUACGCACUAUUAUCGACGGAGAGCGGUAUGUGUGGAGGGUAUUUGCCGGAUUUGGUACUAUUGA